AGCGCAGCCCGCCGCGGGGGCAGAUGCAGGCCAUCAAGUGUGUGGUCGUGGGGGACGGGGCUGUGGGGAAGACCUGUCUGCUAAUCAGCUACACGACCAAUGCCUUCCCCGGAGAGUAUAUCCCCACUGUGUUUGAUAAUUAUUCUGCCAACGUCAUGGUGGAUGGAAAGCCAGUAAAUCUGGGGCUGUGGGACACAGCGGGACAAGAAGACUAUGACAGACUGCGCCCUCUUUCCUACCCACAGACAGAUGUUUUCCUGAUCUGCUUCUCACUAGUGAGCCCAGCCUCUUUUGAAAAUGUCCGAGCCAAGUGGUACCCAGAAGUUCGGCAUCACUGCCCCAACACCCCAAUCAUCUUGGUGGGCACCAAGCUGGACCUGAGGGAUGACAAGGACACCAUCGAGAGACUGCGUGACAAGAAAUUGGCUCCCAUCACCUACCCUCAAGGCUUAGCUAUGGCCCGGGAGAUUGGUUCAGUGAAAUACCUUGAAUGCUCAGCCCUUACACAGCGAGGCCUCAAGACGGUCUUUGACGAAGCCAUCCGCGCUGUUCUGUGCCCCCCACCCGUGAAGAAGCCUGGCAAGAAGUGCACCGUGUUUUAAGGGCACCUGAGUUCAGCAUGUUACGAGUGUCUUCUCCUCGUGCGCUCGAGGAGGGAGCGUUCUCUGGGUGUUCCCGCAGCAGGAGAGGCGGGGCCCUUCAUCAUGUACGAAGUCAGUGUUUUUUUAAAUGUCUCUUUGAUUUAACGUCUGUGUCGAUGUAAAAAGGGCCGCAUGGGAGGAAGAGGAGCUCGACGCUGUCCCAACCCCAGGGCGGAGGAGUGGGACGAGCGUGCUUUCCAUGACUCCAUGCCAGGGGGUAGUGCGUGAAUAGAAAGAGCAGCCCUUUAUACUACUUCAAUUGGUGCUACAGUGCUGUGGUGGGAGCAGGUAACCACCCCAGUGAGGGGUGGAAAGACAAACGAGACACAGGUAGAAGAAACAGCCAUUAGUGCUUUAUUAUUAUGUGAGACACUUGCUAAGCAGCUCUGUGCCAUCUAACGCUGUCUUUGCCUUCCUGGGCGUCAGCCUGUGUGCUGCUCUGGAGCUGGUUUACUGACCAUCAGCCCUCCUGAAGAUGGGGAGGAGGAAGAAGGUCGCUUUACCUUGUACAGUCUGGGCAGGGCUGUGCUGUGUGGCAGGAGCCUAAGAUGAAAAAGGAUGCAGGUGGGAGGGUGAUGGCCGACCCCUUCCUUUGGUCGGUUGUGAUGGAUUGGGGAUGGAGCAGGGAGAGCUUUGGAGGGGUUGGGAUGGAGACAGGUCCAGUUUUUAAUCAUCGUGUAGAGUGAUGAGCUGAACACCUCUUAUUUUAUACAAUAAACAUUUCUCCAUAA